ACAUACAUAUGUACACAUAUUUAUAAAUUUUGCUGUUGCUAAAAUUGUUGUUAGUGCGUGCGUAAAACUAUUAUCGCAAAAUUAAAGUAGGUUAAAAAGGUGCAUAGGGAAAAGGAAAGAGAACACAGACACGAGAGCUGCUUUCAAAAUAGAAUUGCUUGGAGGUUGCUCGUGAAACGCUUUGGUCGGUAAAUUGAACGUAUUCAGUAUAAAAAGCAGUAGCAAAAAAAGCGUUGAUAGUGCGCAUUGUCUGCAUGUUUGUGCGUAUUUGCGUAUGCGGCUGUGGAGUUGUGAUAAAAUGCAGUGUAGUAGCAAAAGCAAAAAAACCGAAAUGCAAAUGGCUUGAUAGCAAAUCGAACAGAUCAGAAAUUAAAUUAAAUUAAAACAAAAAUCCUUUUACAAAACACACCGUGAUAUUUUGACAAACUGUGACUUGCUUUUUUGCACAGUGCAAAACAUACACAAAUACACACUCAUACAGCCUUACAUACAUACAUACACUUGAGGUACACACAGGUACAACAUACACAAGGACACACACAAACAUAAAAACACAGAGAUCUAAGCGGACUAUAUAGCAAUAUAUGCCCAUUGAGUGCCUUAUAUCAUUUGAUAAUAAUCCACAAGGUGUUUACUAUGCCGGACAGGAACUAUCUGGCAUUGUUGAUCUCAGCGUCGAUGCCAGUAAACGCAUUAAAGGUAUCCACGUCACUGUCAGUGGAUAUGCCAAGAUACGCUGGAUAAAAAAGGGAUAUCCGCGGGACAGCGAACGCUCCAUGUGUCGUGCCUAUCGAUCAUAUUUGUCAUCGAGAUCAUAUGUACUGGGCUCGUGUGCCAAUAACUCCUGCAUUGACUGGCAGGCUGGCGAGUACUCGUACACGUUUCAUGUCAUCCUGCCUGAGAAUUUGCCUACGUCAUUCGAUGGCAAGUAUGGUCAGAUACACUAUGAGAUUAUAACGACAAUCGAGCGGUUGGGACGCUAUCCAAAAGUCUUCAAGCUGCCAUUUACCGUGAUACAACCGUUAGACCUGAAUGCCGAUGCCAUCUAUAGAGUUCCGCUAGAAAUAUUGGAUAGGAAACGCUUCUGGAGUUUCUGCUGUCCAACUGGGCCUUUAACUGUAAAAUUUUCGACGCCAUAUUCUGGCUACGCUCCCGGCCAGAAAAUAAAUUUCGUGCUCUAUAUCAACAAUGAGUCAUCAAUCGAUAUAACCGAAUGUGAGGUGAAGUUGAAGCAAGAGGUCAGCUACGAGUCGCAUGAUCCGCAACAUGAAUAUCGCUAUGAUAAGCAUCUGAUAGCUCUCAAGCAAUUUGGCAAUGUGUUGCGCUGGUCGAGAAAAGUAUACAGGGGUUACUUGGACCUGCCCUCGAUACCGCCCACUUCGGUUAAGCCGACAUGUCCCAUUAGCGUUAACUAUUCAAUUAAAAUCAUUGUGAAUCCAACGGAAUUCCAUUGGAAACUAAAACUCAAAUUACCACUGACCAUCGGCAGCAUACCAAUAAUGGAUGGACCCGAGGCGUUGAUGCGAUUUAAUCGCCAGCAACUUCAGCAUCAAGUAGUUAGUCAAAAUUUAUUAAUGUCAACCCAGCUGAGCCAAAGGCAGCGCGAUCGCUCUAUGCCCCAGCAGCAGCAACGUGUGAGCAAUAACAACAACAGGAAUAGCAACAACAACAAUCAUGCAUUGUCUGAAGGUGCAACACUGCCAACCAACAUAGUAGUAAACAUGACCAGUGCCAGUUCACAUUCAUCCACGCCCACGCCAACGACUGCCGCCCUAAGGCCAAUUGUCAUGCCGGAGAUACUAGUGACUAGCGAUAAUGAUAAUCCCCCAGAUUAUAUACCCAUGAUGCCGCCCUCGUAUGAAGAUGCCAUAGCCCUGAGUGAAAAAUUCAGCGAUGAUACAGAAUUUUUAACAAAUGUUAGCAUGAGCAGCAUUAUGUCCACUCAGGGCGAUGUAACAAGUGAGCGUGAACACUUUAAACCGCGCUAUCCGGUCUAUUUCGAUUAUGAGACACCAACUAUACCGCCCGAGAUGCUCUACAGUGAAACGCAAACGCAAUUUCACAUCGCCGUGCGGCAGGAAGCGGUCCUGGUAUUGGAUGAGGAAUCGAAUAACCAACACACAGUUAGUUUGGCGAGCAUUGGCAAGAAAUGAUUGUAUGGCUUCCUUAGAAUGCAGAGCAAAAACAAUGACAUAUUUAAUCAAAAUUAAAUUAAUUAUCUCCAUUAUAUAUACAUUAUAUCGCGAAUAUAAAUAGCUUUAAGGCUAACAUGACGGAAAACAAAUUUGAUUUAUUAUAUUUUCUUUCACAAAUUCAUUUCCUUUACACCACUACUACACUAAAACCUUAAAAACAACUUGAAUAAUUUGACCAAACUAUUAUUUUAAAGCAAACGUACUGUAUUCCAUCAAUUUUCAUCAUCCAUAACUUUGAAGUUUUCCCUAGCAACAAUUUCCAACAACUUAUAAAACUGCACUGGUAAACUUGUUAAAUCCAAACAUAUUUAAAUAUAUGAACAUGUUAACGCAUAUUUAGCAAACUUUUAGAUGUAAGCGAGUAUUCAUAAAUUUGCACAAUUUUACCAAAAUCAAUUGAAUAAAUACUUUUAAUGUCCAUAAACGAAAAUUUACAAACAUUAAGUUAAACAACAAAAACAUCUAAUGAUUCGAUAAAUAUGUAUUCUGAGUUUAUGUCCAAAUAUAUCUAAAUAUAGUAGUGAUAAAACCAAAUGCUCCACUAUAAAAAUUCUCUGAUAUAAUUUGUAAUCUUUACUUCCUAAAAUUUAUAAGCAGUCUAUCCAGAACCACACUUUUAAGAUUACUCUGUCUUCAAUUUAUCCAAGUAAACCAAAAUGGAGCAAUAUAUAUAAAUAUAUACCA